GUCCGCAACCAACAGAUGUUUAUAGACAUAACAUAUACAUAUUUAGUUAUUGGACAGUUUGCGCGAGCACACUGAGAAAGAAGGAGAGAGGGAGAAAGAGAGACUUUUUAAUUAAAGUUUUAAGUUUGCUAUAUGUUUUGCGUAUAUGAUUAUUUUUAUUAAAUUUGACCAAUCGAAAAUUGAUAAACAUGUAUGAACAAACGAGAGGAACAGUCGUUCAUAUAGUAUAAAGAAGGCAUGAGAUAAAGGAUCAUGUAAUACGAAUAGCCGAAAAGAAAAUAAGAUCACCUGGAAUAAAUAAAUUUGGUAGAAGUUUCAUUUCAUCAAAGUACAUACAUAUUCCUUUCUUUAAACGAAUAAAGGUAGCAUGUUGCGCUAAACAAACAUUCGUAUCAUGGUAUUGUGACAUGAUUUAGCAUGAUAUGAAAAUCGUGGGAAAGAACAUUCGUGCCGAUAAUAUUCAAUACUCGGUAUUUCGCCAUAUCGUAUUUGUCGAUCUACUUCUCUAUCGUUUAAUCAUGUCAUAUUUCUUAUCCUUUCACAAAUGUCUACAUUAUUUAGAUAAACAUGAAAUGUAUCAAAAUUAACCAUUAAGUUCUGGAGUUUUGAAAGGGCGAAUUGGAUUUAAUUGGUUAUUUCAAACAGAAAGUAGUAUACUAAUCGUCUAUUUAUAAUAUCAUAUAUUUUCUAUACGUAUAUAUACGACGACUAUGUUGAUUUGAUUUCAUUUUUUUAAUUACGCAUUCGAAAUUUUGAAUUUACACGUUGAUCAAUAGCGACAACUAGCGACGUUAUCGGUAACUAAAUUUUGUUAUUACGAUUGGCAUGGCUACUGAUGUUAGCCGAAUGGUUUUGUUUGAGGUUAAGUGUUGAAUUUGUCUUAACCUGAUCCUACAUGCUUUACUUCGAUUUAUAUUAAUUAUUUCAUUGAGAUCCUUAUAUAACUUGGAGGUGAUAAAAGAUGGAGCGCAACGAAGAAGAUUGGUCGAUAGAAUGUUCAGACGACGAGAAAUACGAAAUGGAUGGAAAAAACGAAUGGACUUUGAAACCCGACGAUAUUCUAACAUUGAUCGAGGCCCUCGAAGCCAAUAACAGAGCUUUGGAACUCGACUGGAAGUGUCCAGGUAGAAGAGGACCAUCACCUAUUCCUUCAAGCAAUCGGCAACAAGAUAAUGGCUCGCAGGAGUACAAGACAGAAGAGAAGUCAGACUUUGAUUUUAUGGAUGAGAUGUCGUCACCGAGAUUACCGGUUCGUAGAACUGGAGAAAGCACUCCAAAAGGAAGUGCUAAGAAGAAGACUGCAAGUUUUAACGGUGUACUAUCAACUAUGUUACGACAUCGUAGAUUAGAACAGCAAGAAAUUAAUUCGAGUCCAAAAAAGAUUGAAUCAUCCGUAUCAAAGACGCAGCCAACGUAAUAAUCAUCCGUAUUAAAGACGCAGCCGACGUAAUCGUUACAUUGAUGCAUUGCGAGAAAUGAACGAAAUACGAUAUAUGUUACAAGCAUAAGAGAACUGAGAGAAAACUCAGAACGAAAAAAGGGAAGAAUGAAAUAUACGAUUUCAUGGGUUUCCUUUGGCUGGGUGACUGCUUUUAGCCCAGUCUGGAAAUCCUUUGACAUCAAAAAUUAAAGUACCCCACAUAGCAAAGCAAAUAACAUUUACUAUGAGAGAGAAUAUAGAAGGACCGCAACCUCCUAUUAUUAGCCAUUUGGUUGGAAGUUGUCCGACGACUGAUAUGAUUGCAUUUGGGGGUGUACCAACUGGUAAUCGAAAAGAGUAAGAACACGAUAUAGCUGCUGGUACCAUUAAAUACAUGGGAUGUAUCUCCAUUGCAACACACUGUACAAUAAAGUGAUUAUUAACAAGCUGAGGAUAAAUUAUUGAAUAGCAUUAUCAUGUUCAUGUAAUCUUUUACCAUUUGUGCAACGACUGGUAAAGUAAUGUUUGCGAUACCGACAUUGGAAGUGAACUCCGUAAUAGUGCCAAUAAACAAACAAACAAACAGCAUGAUCAAUACAGGGGGCAAGUAUCGUAGCGGCACCAACGUCUCACCGACCUUUUUAGCCAAACCGGAAGCAAUGCUGCCUCUGGAUAUCGCGAAUCCACCGCCCAAAAGAAACAUUAAACUCCAAGGCAUCUUUCUUUGGAUCACGUCCCAUGUGAUCAAACCUUCUGAAGAUUUAACGGGUCUCUCACCGGCUACGAAAGCAAAAAUAAUGUAUAGAUAAACAGAUAAGUUAUAUUAUACAGAAGAACUAUUGCCCAUACAUAAUUGCCUCUUUUAUACUCACGGUCUUUGUUGUAGCUACGGAGAAAAUCCAAAUUUUUCGGAAUGAAAAACAUCAUGAUAGAUAUAAAUAUGACAGGCGUUGAAUCUCGAACAUCUCUGUCAAUGAAAUUCAUAGAUGAGUAAAAUUGCACAGUGAAUAUGUAUUUAUACGUGCACCAUCCUCGUAUGAAACCUGGUUUUCGGAAUAACCAUAAAAAUAUACAGGUAAUAAAAAGGAUGGAAACUGCUGCUUCGUGAAACGUAAUGUCACCUAGUUCUUUGUAUCUUUCCUGUAUCACCUUUAAACAGUUUUUAAACAGAUUCAAUAAAUGAAUGAAAGAAAAUCGUGUAAGAAAUUAACAA